GUUCUUAUUAAUUGAAAGAUUAUUAUCUCCUGCUUAUCUUCCCCUCACUCGGCCAUGACGUCUCCGUCGUCUGCAUCUUGAGCUUGAGAGCACCGUCGAGGGUCUGCCCAUGGCGUCCACAGCAACUGCAAGGGCCGAAAACUCCUGUCAGCGAUGCCACCGUCGGAAGAAGCGCUGCGACAGGACACUGCCCCAGUGCGAUGCCUGUCGUCAUGCCAAGGUGCCGUGUAGCUUUCGAGAUGAUCAUACACAGGAGGCGUCUUUUUCCAUAGCGUACGUACGCGGUCUGGAAUUCCGUGUGAAGGAACUGGAGCAGCAACUGGCAGCAACUGUAGUAUCUCGACAGGCGCCAUACGGCCCAUCGUCGCCUCACUGGGACUCAGUCGUCGAUUUCGGGACGCGGAGUCCCACAAGCCCAGAGAAUUUGUCUCUCAAUGGGUCCACCAUACAACCGGCUGGAAAUGCUGCAGCGUCUCCCCCAUCGAUGACGAGGAUGACCAGGCCACGAACCGACUCACUGGCUGAGGAGCUCAAGCUGCUGUCCCUCGAAGCCACGGCAGAGCGACAUCUCGGUCCGUCCUCUGGUAUCUCCUUCGCAAAGCUGACCCAGGCAGUACUGCGACGCUUGUCCCCGGACAAGGAGGCCUUUAUUUUUGAAAGCGAGGUGGACAACCUGCAGCAGACCGACACAGAGCAGGUGUCCAUGUCUGAAUUGCUGCCCAAUCUUGGCUCGUCUCCAGUCAAUUUCGGUUCCUGUCCAGCAUCCCCUCUUCCAUUGCACGCCUUCUCGGUUAACGAGGUCCUCGGCACUUUCGCAGAUCCAAUUGAUCUCUCCUCGCUGGACGCGGCACGCAUAAGCCAUUUACUGGAUUUCUAUUUUGCCCACUCGCACACCCUAUAUCCCGUCGUCCGGCAGAAUGAAUUCACCACGGUGUUAUGGAGAGUGUAUGCGAAUCCAUUGGAUUCGUUAGUGCAGUCGCCCUUAUGGCAGUUUCGCAUCUGGAUGGUCCUUGCGAUUGGUUCGACUGCUUAUUGUUCCGUGUCCCUGGUCGACGAGACGGAGUCAGUGCGCUUCUUUAACAAGGCUAUGACUUAUUUCGAGUCGGUGAUGGGAUACGGGGAUCUGGCCGCAUUGGAAGCGCUAAUGCUCCAGGUGUCGUUCUCUUUUUUCAACAAGAUUGGCCCUAAUACAUGGUUCUUGGUGGGCGUUGCAGCUCGCAUGGCCAUCGGUAUGGGCCUCCACGCCUCCGAUACCUACAAGUCUCUGGCCGUGGAUGUUGCAGAAUAUCAAAAACGCCUGUUUUUCUCUCUAUAUAUGAUGGACCGGGUUGUGUCUGUCGCCUUGGGCCGGCCGUUUGCGAUUCAUGACGAUGAUAUAGACGUCGAGCCCUUUGCAGAUGCGGAUGAUGAACAGAUCAAGCCGGACGGUAUUAUCCCCCGUGGCACGCUGGAACCAUCCAGUAUGGCUGUCCCUCUACACAUUCUAGCCCUACGAAGGAUCGCCAGCGAUACGCGCAGUCUGGUUCAUUCUAUCAAAAGUAGUCAAGAACAGAACCAGGCCGUGAAGGACCAGACCAUCCAGGCCCUCCACAAACGACUAAUUGAAUGGCGACGUAGCAUGCCGUUCCCUCUACCUGACCUUCAGUCCAACGUGCCUCACCUUAGCACAAGCUGGUUUGAUCUAAACUACUAUACCCACGUCAUAAUGCUGUACCGACCCUCACCUCUAUGCCCAACCCUGAAUCUCCCCAAGGUCACCAUCCUGGCCGAAGCAUCCGCCAUGGCCAUCCGACAGGCGAUCAACAUGCAUCGGCAGCGGCGAUUCUCAUAUAAUUGGCUGAAUCUCUUCUCCGUCUUCAACUCGACGCUUUCUCUCAUGUAUGCUACGACGGCGCAGCCGGACAGUUUGUCCUUGGUUCUGGAACGCACCAAGGCUAUCAAUGACUUGGAGCUGGCGCUGGAAUUGCUGGAGGUGUUCGGGAAGAAGUUUCCUUCUGCUAAGAAGAUACAGGGCAUGGUGCAGGAGGUUUUAGCGAAAAUGAGAUUGCAUACGACACCUUGAGCAAGGGGUAUAGAGAUUGUAAUUGUCCUAUAUUUAACUAGAAAGACGUCAUGAUACCCAACUACGGUCUAUCAUGUUACUGAAGCCAACACCUGUACUCCCGA